UUUUUUUCCAUUCGAAAAGGGCAGAUGACCGAAUAUAUUGGUCAGGUAAAGUGUUAAGGAUCUGCUGAGCUUUAUUAACCAUUUUCUCAAUCCACAUUCAGUGAUUUGUGUAUUAAUAUGCCAGAUUCCUGUCUCCGCAUCGCCUUCAGGAUUAACUUUUUGACCACGUUUAUUUUCCUAUGAGAUUCCUUGUCGCUGGCUAUGUUGGCAUUGAAUGUUGGCUAUAAAUGCAACUUGGUGCCAUAGUGAGAUCCCUAUUUUUGAAGACGCAGGGGCAGAUUCCAUCAAUGGAGGGAAAAAAAGGCAUCCUCCAAUAUCGGCAAAGUGUAACAGGUCGUUUUUGUUAAUUGCGAGGAGAGGAGGAAGAACCGUGUUUUUUUUUAAGAAAGAACGGCUGUUGCCUCUGUCUAAAACCGAGAGCGAGAGAGAGAGAGAGAGAGAGACAGAGACGUUGUACGCUGGCGAAUAUGCGGGGCGGAACGGAGAGCUAAUGGAUCGACUGGCAGACGGAGAAGAAGCCGGAACGGUGAGGAAAGCAGCCAGGAGGCCGUUAGGGGGAAACCUGUCAAUCAAAUUCAAACCGAGCGCGCGAGGCGCCCGCUGCAGACCCGCGGGGAUACAGAGAGAGAGAGAAACCUGUCAAUCAAAUUCAAACCGACCUACUGCUCCCCUAAGAAGCGCACGUUGGACUGAUCUAGCAACCCACGGACCGUUCGAUAACAACUUCAAAGUCGAGUCGGGGAAGACGAAAGCCAGGCCGGCAGGCGUAAGAUGACAACUGGCGAUUUGAAGGGAGCACUUCGAAAAUUAGAACAAGGAGUUCGUUCAUUGAAUUAUCCUCAAGAUAUUGAUUAUAAUGGCCUUGCUAAGGGUGAUCCUGCUGCCUAUCUACCAAUCAUCAGUUAUGCCUUCACCUCAUAUUCCACAUGUGUGACCGAACAACUGCUAACAUCUGGAGUAGAACUUACAGCAAAGAAUGACUCACGUUUUCUUGAUGCCGUUUAUAAGCUUCUCCGUGACCAGUUCCACUACAAACCAUUACUGUUAAAGGAUCAGUUUCUACAUUAUGGGUUUGCAGAAAGAAAGAUGCAGUUUUCCUGUGACAUAAUAAACUUUGUAAUGAAAAGGCAUAAGGAGCUGAGCAGUCUCCACAAGGUCAAGGCACUAUCAAAUAAGAAUUCAAAUUGUCCUGUAAGAAUUCAGUCACGAUUUAAAUGUGCAUCACUAAUUCCUGAUGUCUUGCCACCUGAACCAAAUGUACCAAUAACACCUUUGGUGGAACGCCAUUUACCCAAUGAUGAUAUGAAAACAAUUUACAUUUCAUCCAGUCCUGAAAAUGAAUUUGUUGAAGAGAAACCUGUUAAAGAAUAUACAGAGCUACCCACUUCCCAUGAAUCACAGGCACUAGAGAUCAAAUCACUGAAGAAUCAGAUUGCCAAAUGUCAGGAGAAGCUACAGGAACUGGAUGUAGUACAGAGUAGGUUGCAGGCUUUAGAAUGUGCGACAGCUGGAAAAGUAAUUAUAGAUGAGAAGGACUGGAAUAACCUGCUGAGCCGUGUUGUACUGCUAGAAACUCAGCUGUUGCUGCAUUCCAGAAAGAAUGAUACAUCUUCUGAUUCCACCAGUAGGAACGAAGAUUAUACAUUUUGCCCAAAGACAAGCCGCAAUUCUUCAGAUAAAGAGACGAGAGUUGAGACGCCAGAGAGUCUUAGCCAUCAGUCAUCUGGAUACAACUCACUGCUAUCAGCAGACGAAUCACCCAAAGCAAUGAGUAGCAAUUCAUUAUAUCUGACAGAAGUCACAAAGUAUUUGAAGAAAUCUUACAUUUUACAGACACAGACAGUGAAACAUAAGGUUGAAAGGAUAAGCAAAAUGAUUGAAGAAACUACAGAAUUACUUAAGUGUCCAGAAAGUUCAGCUGACACGAAUGUGCCAGGUUCUUUUCCAUCACAAAAGCAAAGUACUGCAGAUGCGGGAAAUCUAUUAUAAAAGGCCAGGCAACAUCUGUCAAAAACGUGAUUCAGGCUUCAGGUCCAUGAGCUUUCAUCAACACUGGUGCUGAUCCCUGUGUUUUGUCAGUUUUGUUUAUAAAUUAUAUUAUUUAUGGUGAUAAAAACUAGAGUAUAUUUUUGCAGUAGUUUAAUGUAAUUGAAUGUUUAGCUUCUUCACCAACACUGAAAUUUUUACAAUCUAAGUAUUUGUAACACUGUAGUAGUGGAGUAAUUCCAAAUAACCAGAAGUUACGCUGGCUUAUGUCUGUGUUAAGGACAAGCAAUGUGAAGAGAUUAAAUGUUUCAACUUUACAAAGA